UUUACGGAGGGGUCUUACUCUCUGUUUACUUGUGAUUCUAUACAUAUUCCUGCUUUUACAUAUUCAAUUACUAUUAAUUAAUCUAUUAGUUCGCAACUGUUUCAUCUCCUCUUGAGGUAGAUAAGUGCUUUUUUCUAUUUCUAUGAGGAUUUUGGAUUGAAUUUUGCAUACGGGUCAAUCUGUAAAGUUCCAAAAUAAUUUUAAUAAGGGUAGGAGGGAAUCUGGAUUUACUUGAAAUUUUAUUGUAAUAAGCUUAUUGCAGUCAAGAACAGUUUACAAGGUGUAUCAUAGAGUUAUUUGCACAAUCUAGCUUGAGAUAGUUCAGUUGCCAUUAAAAAGAGAGACAGAAACAUAGGCAUAGAAAGGCUAUGGAGAAAAUUGAAGCACAAACAAGCCAGAUGGAUGUUAAUUUGGAAGCUUCCAGAGAUAAAAGGAAUACUGAUGUCGAAAAGGAUCUUCUUGAAGCAGAUUUAACAGUGGAAUCGCUGGCAGAAAAUCUUAAAGCAUCUGCAGGGUCAACAGAGAACAUUCCUGACGAGAUUGCUGAGGGUGAAAUUCGAAAUAUGAACCAGGGUAGUAUUGAUACAGGGUCAACAGAAAGUUCUGCUGAAAUGAAUCUGAAUGGGAAAAGGCCAAGGGGGACUCCACUAAGAUAUGAAAUCAAAAUCACGAACCCGGUCACUGGCUACUCAUAUUUUCACUCAUGGGAAAGCAACCACAAAGGGACUGAUGACAUGGUAACUGAAAAUGAAUGUCCAGCUAAAGAUUUUGAGCUUUCUGUGAGAAAAGAAUCAUCUUUAUCAGCUUUAUCUGCUGAAGGUGGGAGCUUCUCCACUUACAAUGUUGAGGGGACUUCCAAUGUUUCUUCCUCUAGCGUGAAUGGAGCAGAAUGUUUGUCAAAUGAUCUAGGAUCUUAUACGAGAAUAACACCUGUACACUCAGUUAAGCGAAAGCUUAUUGUCCUUGAUGUAAAUGGUUUACUUGCACACAUUGUGAUGCCUGCACCGAAAGGUUAUAGAGCGGACGAACAUAUAUUAGGACGGGCAAUUUUUAAGAGACCCUUCUGUGAUGAUUUUCUUAAGUUUUGCUUCCAGAACUUUGAUGUGGCUGUGUGGUCAUCAAGAUCCAAGAGAAUUAUUGAAAGAGUUGUUGAUUAUUUGUUGGGAGAUCAGAAAGACAAGUUGCUAUUUUGUUGGGAUAUGUCUCACAGUACUCAAACAGGAUUCAAUACCCUUGAAAACGUUUAUAAGCCCUUGGUGUUCAAGGAGCUAAGGAAAAUUUGGAAAAAUGACGAUCCUAGUUUGCCUUGGAAGAAUGGAGAUUAUAAUGAAUCAAAUACGUUAUUAUUAGAUGAUUCUCCUUACAAGGCCCUACUGAACCCGGUGCAUACUGCAAUAUUUCCGAAUUCAUACCAUUACAAGGAUUCAAAUGACAAUUCAUUAGGCCCUGGAGGCGAUCUCCGAGUUUAUUUAGAAGGACUGUUGCAAACUGAAAACGUGCAGAAGUAUGUCGAGCAGCAUCCUAUUGGCCAAAGUUCUAUAAAUGAGAGUAACUUGUCUUGGGCCUUUUACUCGGGCGUUCUUCAGCGUAUGCCAAAAGAGUUGCAAGACGCAGUCCCGGUUCCCAACCUACGCUGAGUUAGCUUAAUGAAAGAUCUCGACAAACACUACGCUUUAUUACCUUCCAUUGUUUACUGAUAUUCCUUUUAGGGGAGGUUUCGGAACCAAUAUGAUAGCAGAGCUAGGCAUAUUUGAUAUAGAAAGAAUAGAUACAGAUAGAGUUUGGAGUUUUUCUUUCUUGUGGGAGCAUCAUUGGAGAAGAUUCAUCCAUUCUUGCUUUAUGUAAUGUUAUAAAAUGUACUACUAAUUAACUUAUUCUAAUUCUUGAUUUCUUCUCAA